AAAAGGUUUACUUAAUUUAUUUAACACUCUCCUUUUCGUAAUUAUUGCUUUUUAAUGUAUUUCUUUUUUACAAAAAUAAUCGGUCUUUUUCUAAUUGAAUUACGAUCCACAUGAAGGCUCUUAAAAGUCUAUUCGAUACCGAAAUAAUCUGGUUUAUUUCAUUUCUUCUACUAUUCUUGAAUUUUCCAUAUGCUUUAGAAGCAGCAAAUCAAUUUAUUUUGAAUCAAGUUGAAAGUGGCGAACCAACAACUGUUUCUUUGAGACAUGUAUUCCACCACGGUUCCACAAAGUAUCCAAAUCUAUUUCGUCGUAUGGACCUAACGGAAACAAAAGUUCGUACUCAAGAACUCGAAUCUGGCGCGCCUCUCACGUUCACUCUCAUGGGUAUAAAUGGCACCGGUAUUGAAUAUGUGAAAGAAAAUGCCGUAAAAGAGUUUAGGGAUAUGUCGAAAAAUAAAUUAAAGUCAGCUAAAUUGGAUUGGAGGGACAUACCAAAAUAUAUACCACUUAUAAAACAUUGGAAGACUCUCAUCAAUCUAGCUAAGUUGACAUAUAAUGCUUACGUCAAACCUGAAGACCAAGAUUGGUAUGAUCUCGGUAAAAAAUAUGGAUUGGUGCGUUUUUUCCUUUUUUUUUUGGUAAAGGAUUCGGUGAAAUUUUAUCAUA